CCAUCUACACAUUAACCUGGGAAGUGCCCCCAUUAUCUCAGGACAAUAAAAACAGGAUAAAGUUCAACUCUCUCUCCCAUUUCUCUCUCUCUCUCUCUCUCUUCACACUCUACUUUCUUUCUUUCUUUCUUCUUACCUUCUCUUUCUCUUCCCAACACAAAGCACCUUCUUCUUCUCUUAUUGACUUAAAGACUCAUCAUUUCUGGAUCUCCUGGUGUAAAGACCUUUUAAAAGUUUAAGAACUUAUUAACUUGAAUUGGUGUAUGGUGCAACCCGUCUCGGUACUUUCUUUAUUAGAAGCUUAUAAGGUGGAUCCAUAUUUUUUUCUUGGAAAAUGAUGAUGAUGUUUGAUGAGAUGGGUUGCAAUGAUUUGGAUAUGAUAUCUGCUCCCCUUGGAGAGGAGGAUAUUACCGCCCGGCAAACUGAACCAGAGGCGAUAGUUGAGGAUGAUUUUAGUGAUGAAGAAAUUGGGAUGGAUGAGCUUGAGCAUAGGAUGUGGAAGGACAAACUGCUUCACAAGCGAUUGAAGGAGCAAAGUAAAGUUAAGGAAGGAGUUGAUGCUGUGAAGCAGAGGCAGUCCCAAGAACAGGCCAGGAGGAAAAAGAUGUCAAGGGCUCAAGAUGGAAUCUUGAAGUACAUGCUGAAGAUGAUGGAGGUUUGCAAGGCUCAAGGCUUUGUCUAUGGCAUAAUUCCUGAGAAGGGAAAGCCUGUGACUGGUGCAUCUGAUAAUCUUCGCGAAUGGUGGAAGGAUAAAGUCCGGUUUGAUCGCAAUGGUCCUGCUGCCAUAGCCAAGUAUCAAGCUGAUAAUGCUAUCCCAGGGAAGAAUGAUGGAUGCAACUCCAUGGGUCCAACUCCUCACACGCUGCAAGAGCUGCAGGACACAACCUUGGGUUCUCUAUUGUCUGCACUCAUGCAGCACUGUGACCCCCCUCAGAGGCGGUUUCCGUUGGAGAAGGGCGUUCCUCCACCAUGGUGGCCUACAGGGAAUGAAGAGUGGUGGCCCCAAAUUGGUUUACCUAAAGAUCAAGGUCCUCCACCUUACAAGAAGCCUCAUGACCUUAAGAAGGCUUGGAAAGUUGGUGUUCUGACUGCUGUUAUCAAGCACAUGUCUCCUGAUAUCACCAAAAUUCGCAAGCUUGUGAGGCAAUCCAAGUGCCUUCAAGAUAAAAUGACAGCCAAGGAAAGUGCCACCUGGCUUGCAAUCAUCAAUCAGGAGGAGGCCUUGGCAAGAGAGCUUUACCCUGAUUAUAUCCCCCCAUUAGCCUCAGGUGGAGGUAGUGGAUCUGUGGUCAUGAAUGAUAGCAGUGAGUAUGAUGUUGAAGGUGGUGUUGAUGAGCCUAACUUUGACGUGGAGGACCGGCGACCUGAGAGUCUUCACACAUCCAAUCUCGCCAUGGAGAGAAUGAGGGGAGGUCUGCCAGUUCAGCAGCCCUCUUUUUCAAUCAAGGGAGAGGCUGUUACAAAUUUGGAUUUCAUGAGGAAGAGGAAGGCCUCUAAUGAGUUCAACAUGAUGGAUAUGAAAAUUUACACAUGUGAACAACCUCAGUGCCCUUACAGUCAAGUUCGCCUUGGUUUCCCUGAUAGAAUUUCUAGGGACAACCAUCAAUUGAUUUGUGCAUAUAAAGGUAAUUCUUCAGAUUUUGGGGGUCCAAGUUUUCAUGUUAAUGAGGUAAAGCCUGUCAUAUAUCCCCAGUCCUUUGUUCAACCCAAAUCCACUGCGCAGUCUGUUAAUAUGGCUCCACCUGUAAUUGAUCUCACUGGACUUGAAGUUUCAGAAGAUGGCCAGAAGAUGAUCGGUGACCUUAUGACUAACUAUGAUACAAAUGUUCAAGGCAACAAGAAUGUAAGUUCCUGUAACCGCUUUGCAGCAGAAAAUUCAAACUCUCCUCAGCAUGGCAUGCAGCAGCAACAGAACAACUUCAUUUGCGGCCAAGGAAUCACUAUGGAAGGGAACAACCUCUUUGAAGAAGCUAACAUGUCCAAUAAUCAUCACAUGUUUGCAAGGGAGGAAGGUCAGUUUGACCGGUUCAAAGCUUUGAAUGCACCCUUUGAGACCACUCAGAACAACAACAACAACAACUUUCAUUCGAUGUUUGGGUCCUUUUGUGAUUUGGCAUCAUUUGAUUUUAAGGAGGAUAUGCAAGGAGUAGGGAUGGAUGCUCUUCAGAAACAGCCAGAUAUUUCUAUAUGGUACCAGUGAAAGUGACAAAUGGAAUCUGCAAGAUCAUUAUCUACAUCAUGAACUCUUAUUUUCCUUCCAAGGGUUGCACCCCUGAUCAUGUGAAGUUGCUUAAGCCAAAAGUUUCACUGCAAUUUUCUUCACCUGUAAUUCUGUAGGCCUAGAACUAGAUAUUAUUAUAUGUUUCUGCUUUACAGGUCUAGUAUAUGUUACAAUAAAAACUUAUAUGUUCCCAUUAAGUGGCCCUUUCAUGGUGAUUUUAUUUUUUUCUUUUUCAGUUCAGCCUUCUUGUUACUUGAGAUUAUUCUCUGUAAGACUGUGAUAUAAAUAAGAUUCUAAAUUUUACUUUUACCAUA